GUCAGCCCUAAUCCAGGUUCCGAAAAUUAAGCGAACCUAGUGGUUGUGCUUGGACGGGGCCAAAAAAGUUGAACACUUCCAAUCCACUGCCAUUGCUCCGAACCACCAAAAUCAUCGAGUCCGUCUUCACAACAAUCAGUCAAGAUGGUCCGAUACGCUGCGACUGAGAUUGCACCCUCAAAGUCGGCCCGCGCCCGCGGUGCCUACCUCCGCGUUUCCUUCAAGAACACCCGGGAGACUGCUCAGGCGAUCAACGGCUGGAAGCUCCAGCGUGCCCAGAAGUUCCUCGAGAACGUGACCGAGAAGAAGGAGGCUGUCCCCAUGCGGCGAUACAAUGGCAGCAUUGGACGGGCCGCCCAAGGCAAGCAGUGGGGCGUUUCCCGUGCCCGGUGGCCCGUCAAGUCGGCCGAGUUCCUCCUUGGCCUCCUCAAGAACGCCGAGUCCAACGCUGAUGCCAAGGGUCUCGACACUGGCAACCUGGUCGUCAAGCACAUCCAGGUCAACCAGGCUCCCAAGCAGCGCCGCCGGACGUACCGUGCUCACGGUCGGAUCAACCCCUACAUGUCCAACCCGUGCCACAUCGAGCUUAUCCUGACCGAGGGCGAGGAGGUCGUUCAGAAGGCGGAGGCUGUUGCCGGGCGCGAGGCUCACCUCAGCUCCAGACAGCGCGGUGUGCGCGUGCGACGGGCUAUUACUUCCUCGUAAAUUGAUGAUGGCUGGGACCGGGAGGAUUCGUUGACGGCUUGGCUUUCUUACGGAAACGGUGUACGUGAGCAUGGCAUUUCAGGGUUUUGGCUUGCGAUUUCGAGAAAAAGGAAUCGGGUCAUGCAUGCAUUCACUCAAUAGAGCAUUGAGAAACGAGCGUGCCCGGCUCAAGCUGUCUUUGUCGCGGCUGUCGUGGUGCUCAGUUCCCGAUGAGGGCCUCGAUAAAAGACAAUGAUCUCUGCAAGAUAACUCGGCUUGUGUGAUUGCCAGCCACAGUGUCCAAAUCUUGCCAGGUCUGGCGAGUUUGCUAUGUUCAGCUGCCUCUGUCCUUUGCCUGCCUGAGACUGACAGUACACCCCUUCGUCGUCGCAAAGACUCCUAGCAGCCUGCCAUUGCCCUACCUCUCAACCCGUUGCUCUAUAUAGUAGAAUGAGACCGCAUAUA